AUCCUACCAACGUGCUGACACAAUCUUUAGAAUCGAAAAGUUCUGUAGUAAUCGAUUCAACUCCAUUUCAAUUAAGUUUGUCAUUUGUCAUCAAAAAAAAUCCAAAAGGUGACGUUGGGUGUUGGGUGACGUGUGUAAAUUAGAAAUAAACACAAGUAUAUUUUGCAAAAUGUUUAAAAACUCCGUAUAUAUUUCGUUAAUUACAUUUUUUGUUUUAUUCAAUGCAUGUUCUGCGCUAUAUUUUCAUAUUGGAGAGACCGAACGAAAAUGUUUUAUAGAAGAAAUUCCAGAUGAAACUAAUGUUGUAGUAAACUACAAAGUUGAGCUAUAUGAUCCAAGGAGUGGAGGUUUUAUGCCAUCAUCAACUGGAAUUGGUAUGCAUGUAGAAGUCAGAGAUCCAGAUGAUAAGGUUAUCUUGUCUCGUGUAUACAGUGCUGAAGGGAAAAUAUUUUUCACCUCCCAUUUACCUGGUGAACAUGUUAUCUGCAUGUACUCUAACAGCACUGCUUGGUUCAGUGGAUCCCAAUUAAGAGUUCACUUGGACAUACAAGUUGGAGAACAUGCUAUUAAUUAUGGAGAAAUUGUCCAGAAAGAAAAACUUUCUGAAUUGCAAUUAAGAGUUCGACAAUUGAUUGAUCAAGUGGAUCAGAUAACAAAAGAACAGAAUUAUCAAAGGUUCCGUGAAGAACGUUUUAGACAAACUAGUGAAAGUACUAAUUCAAGAGUACUUUGGUGGUCUGUUACCCAAACAGCUGUUCUACUUAUUAUGGGAACUUGGCAGAUGAGACACUUGAAAACAUUCUUUGAAGCAAAGAAAUUGGUUUAAAUAAAAUAUUUGUUGCAUCUCAUUUUUUGUUUGUUUGUGUGUACAUAUAGUAUGAAGACUUGAAUUGUGAACUAUUUUUGUUCUGAAGCUAUAAAAUUAAGUAUGUUUUUAAUGUUAUUGGAAAAAUAUUUAUCAAACUAGUUUUUUAUAUCAAAUCUUCAAAAAAAUUGGGACUUUUUUAUUAAAUGUAUGAAAUGACAAAACCUUUUAUUGUGAUACCUAAUUUUAUUGUAGCUGAAUGUACAACAAGGAAAUUUAUCAGUUUGCUAAGCGAUUGUGUAUUAAAAUUGUGAAAAAUGUUUGCUGCAUGAUUUUACUUCUACAAUGAAUUAAUUAUGAAAAUAACUAAUGAAACUUACAUUUUUAUAGGAAUAGAUUAAAUCAUAAAAAGUGUGCCAAAAGUAAAAAAAAUAAUUUGACUACUUGUUAGAUCAUUUGUUAGCACCUUAAUCUAAGAUAUAUGAAGUCUUUAUCAGCUAUCUAAUUAACUAUUUAAACUUGUGGAUUGGACAGAACAAGUUAUAAACUUAUACAAGAUAUGAUUAAUAAAAAAAAAUCAUAUAAAUCCCAUACUCUUGUCUAGAUACUCUGCAAAUAUAUUUUUUUCUAGUUGAGGAUAAUCUUUUAGUUUAGAAAAAUCUUUUUUUAACACUUGACUCAAUGUGUCACAGGUACUAUAAUAUAAAUAACCCCUGGAUUGAAGUUCUUCUGCUAGUUCUAUUUGAUGGUUGUCCAUCAAGUCUUCAUUUAUUACCACCAACAAUGUUUUCUUCUUUCGAAGUACUUCUAGACAAGUUCCAGCACCAGCAUGGCUUAUAACUAAAUCACUGUUAACAAUUUCUUCUUCGAAAUUUUCAAAGUACGGUUCGUAUUUUAAAAUCAGAUCAUCAAAUUUUAGUAUAAUCUGGCCGUUUUCGCCAUUGCAAUGUAAUUUGUAUGACAAAGGUAAAUCCGGAGCUAUGUGCACUUUGGAAAACUCUUUACCAGUCUGAAUUUGAACAAAAUUGUAACCCAAGGAUUUAAUUGUGUUUAAAACAUCUUCUGUAGUAACCGCAUCAAUAAGUUUUGGAAAUUUUGUUGUUCCAACAGUCACAAAUAUUUUUUUCAUUACCAUUUUUGACUAUAUUUUUUUUUUUUUUUUCAUUACCAUUUUU